AUGAUUUCAAUCACUGUUGAGCUAAAUCAAUGCAAGAAAAUAAUUGCAAUUGAUCCUAAUAUAAGCUCAACAGAAUUACUUAACAAGAUUGCAGCAGAAUUUAGAGUAUGCAAAGAUGAUAUCAAAGUAACAUAUGGUACAAAGCAAAUUCAUUGUGGUCGUCCUUUAUCAGAUUACAAUAUACAAGAUGACUGUGUGAUCAAUAUACGUCUGAGGUGCCUCGGAGGAAAACCUGUCAUUUAUUUAUAUCCAAAAGAAGAGAUUGAUGUGAAAGUAAAUAUUAAAGUCAAUGAUGGUGUUUUCUCUUUUGUUUAUCCAUCAUUCGACGAAGGAAGUACAUGGAACGUCAAAGCUUCACCAACAGGCGAAAUCAAUCACAGAGGAAAGAAAUUGAGAUAUCUCUUCUGGGAAACACUCUUUUACCCUAAUCUUCAGAUGGACAAGGGAUUUGUGAUCAAAGGAAAAGAUAGUGUUGAGUUCUUCGAAGAGAAAUUAAAGUUUAUGAAUCUCAACGAUUCUGAGAUAUGUGACUUCGUCACUUAUUGGUGUCCAAAACUCGCUGCUUACAACUACCUGAAAAUAUACUUCCAGUUAGAAAACUUUGAUGAGAUGUGUCCAUUAUGUGUCGAUCCUAAACCCGAUAAUAUAAAUAGAGUUUUCUUCGCUGCUCUACCUCUACAAACUCCUUGUGAUGUUGAACCACAAGAUCUUCCAAGAUUCAAACGUGAUGGCUUUACAGUCAUUGAAUGGGGUGGAACAAUUGUUUCGCAAUUAAAUUCGUAA